CCUUCAGAGACAAAGAACAUGAUGCUGAUGGGAAACCAUAUAUUGAAAAUAAACACCAGGACAUUUCCGAGGUUUAAGAGUAUUGUUUCCCUGGACCUGUCCUAUGGCUGGCUGCACGAAGUAGAAGGGAACACAUUCACUUACAUGCACACUCUGGAGCACCUGACUCUUCAGCAGCACCACUCUGUGCUAAUGGUGGGAUCCCAGGCCUUCUACCCACUUUAUAAGCUGAAGUCUCUGAGAAUCGGCAAAAUCCAAACACAAGACAUGAAGACUAUAUUCUUUGAUCUACGAAAUAGCCAGCUGGAUACUCAGGGUCUGUACAGAAUAGAUUUUGAGACAAUGAGGAAGCCCAUGUUUGAGGACGUUGGCCAGUGCCCCCUGAAUACCUUGGAAAUAUUUUCCUCAUCCAUAAACCUGAUAGAUGACUCUGCCUUUUCUGAUCUGCAGAAGCUGAGAGAGCUUCUGGUGAAAGAGUCCUCAAUAAAAACUGUUCACCCGAAUGCUUUGAUGAAACUGCAUGCCCUUGAGUGCUUGACCCUAGAGGGGUGUUCGCUGGACCAGAUGCCAUCUGGUGUCCUGGACUCCCUGACCAACCUGCAGGUUCUUAAUUUAAGAAGAAACAUGCUGCAGACCCUCCCAGCAGAGCUGUUCAAAUACAAUGGGAAGUUGCUCCACAUCGACCUCAGUCUCAACCGUCUCCAGACUCUGCCCGAAGGCAUCUUCAGACUCUUCCCGUCCACUCUUUACGUGAACCUCAGCGGGAACUAUUUCACUUGCGACUGCAGCCUGGCCUGGGCUUCUUUCUGGGUGAAGUCCCUGGGAAACACAACCAAUGCAGAGGAUUUCAUGUGCUUCGCCCCUGUAGAGCUUCGUGGCAAGCAUUUGAAGGAUUUUAAUCCCAUAUGCAUUCCUGAAUAUGUAUGGUAUAUUCUCAUAGUCAUCCUCGGAAUGACUGUCUUGUCGACUGUGGUUGUCCUGCUUUAUGUGUACCGUUGGAAGAUCUACUAUCAGUGGUACCUGCUGUUGUCCAAGAGGAAAGACACAGAAGUCUGGGAGAACAACCCCAGGUUUAAGUAUGAUGCUUUUGUUGCCUACUGUGAGAGGGAUUUUGAAUGGGUAAUCCACGAGUUGAUUCCCAACCUAGAGAACAACGCCGGUCUUCCGAACGUGAAUCUGUGUGUGUCGGACAGAGACUGGGACCUGGGAGGCAACAUCCUGGACAACGUGGAGAGCAGCAUUCAGAGAAGCAGGAGGACCAUCUGUGUGAUAUCCACGAACUUCCUGAAGAGUGAGUGGUGCAAGCUGGAAAUGAGCCUGGCACACAUGCAGCUCUUCUCAGAGAACAGAGAUGUCUUGGUUUUCGUAUUCUUGGAGAAGAUCCCUGUUGAAAGGUUGUCCCAGCACCAGAAGCUCCGCAGGGAAAUGUGUAAGAAAUCCUGCCUCGACUGGCCGGGAGGAGAAACAACUGCUCAGAAAGUCUUUUGGGAGAAACUCAGAUCUCUCAUUUUCAAAAACCCUGUGGUCCAACAAAUUUAAACUAAAUGAAAAAUCUACAGUGGUUCAUUAACAACAGUGGCAAAAAAAAAAAUAGAAAUGUGUUAUGUUAAGACAAUUGAAACCAUUAUCCCAGGAUAAAUUAUAAAACAUAAAUAACUGGUUAUAAAAAUAGCAUAAAACAAAAAUAUAACAUAACUUAUGUAAUGUGAAAGUGCUUUGAGUGAAACAGUUCAAAGUGUCGCAGGUGACGCUGAACUAGUUAUUCCAUAUAGUAAAACAUUAGACUCUAUUGCAUGGAGGAUCUCAGUAAGCUACAGUAAAUGGUUCAUCAAAUGAAACAGAUUCAGUUAUGUUAAGUUUGCUACUGAU